CAAGCUUCUUUCUCGUCAGACUUUCAGGAUGUGCUGAUGAAUGUGUGACUUCAUGUGACCUUGUAUUACUGGAUGUGGCCUUGUGUGACCUCAUGUGAUUGUGCCUCUGCAGGUCCUGCAUCUUCUACCGAGCGUGCAUGGACAUCCCCCGAGGCACCGAGCUGCUGGUCUGGUACAACGACUCCUACACCUCCUUCUUCGGCAUCCCGCUGCAGUGCGUCGCCCAGGACGAGAACUUAAAUGUCCCAAACACAGUAGUGGAAGCGAUGACCCGGCAGGAGUCCCUUCAGUCCUUCAGCAAGAACGGAAAACCCUCCUCCUCCUCGUCCACCUCCUCCUCCACCCCCGCCACCACCCUCAUGCGCUCCAUGGUCUUCCCCCACUCCCCCUGCCCGAGGAACUUCUCCCUCUUGGACAAGGUGGGGAUCGGGGUUCAGUCGGACGUCAGUUACGGACAGUUGGGGUCGAAGAACCAGCGUGUUCUGGCGAGCCCGACCUCCACCAGCCAGCUCAGCAGUGACUUCAGCGACUGGCACCUGUGGAAGUGUGGCCAGUGCUUCAAGACCUUCACCCAGAGGAUCCUGCUGCAGAUGCACGUCUGUCCGCAGAAUCCGGACAGACCGUACCAGUGUGGCCACUGCUCCCAGUCCUUCUCCCAGCCCUCGGACCUGAGGAACCACGUGGUGACGCACUCCAGCGACCGGCCCUUCAAGUGCGGUUACUGCGGCCGGGCCUUCGCCGGCGCCACCACGCUCAACAACCACAUCCGCACGCACACCGGGGAGAAGCCCUUCAAGUGCGAGCGCUGCGACCGCAGCUUCACACAGGCCACUCAGCUCAGCCGCCACCAGCGACUCCCCAACGAGUGUAAACCCGUGAACGAGAGCAGCGAGUCCAUCGAGGUGGACUAACCCCCCCCGACGCCGCCCCCCCCUCCGACCCCCCCACCAGCUGACGGACACGCGUUCACCUCGAGGCGGCUACAUUGUGACGCUUCUUUUCUUGUUCUUCUCGGCCUUCCCCACUUCCCCAGACCCCCCCGGCCCCCCCCCGCAUUGUUUUAACGGACCGACGGAUGGAUCCGUGUCUCUGUAACGCGUCCGUAACGGAAACGGAGAGAAGUCGAUGCUCCUGGAUGCAGUUUGUGUGAUUUAAACAGCCGGGGGGGCACGUGUAUUAUCUCUGCACAAACACCGGGUACUAUCUAAGUACUUUCUACUGGGUACCUCCAGGUAUAGACGUGGUACUUUUACCUCCACUACACCUCAGACACCAGUUUGUGUUCCUCAUUGAGCCAAAACACGUUUUCCCCUGAAGGCCUCGUGUUGAAUAAACAGCUCCUCCUCAACCUGCCAAUUAUUAUAUGUCUUAAUAUUAAUGUCAAUAUUUUAUGUUGAAAAAUGUCCAUAUGAAAACUAGGAGAUCGUCUGCAUAGAAACACAUUGUGUUGAUGUUUGUCGCCUGGCAACCAGAAAAUAGAAGAUGUACCGAAGACGCAUCGUCAUUAUUGACGAACUUUGUCUUCACAUUUAGUCGCCUGAGUGAAAACGUCGGGACUUUAAACAGACUUUAUGACUUUAAAGGACUUUAAGCGACACUUUCAUCAAACCAAAGAUCCAGAUGAACUCUCAGAGCGAUGCAGAUUUCUUCCUUUGGGGGGACAAGGAUAUUUAUUGGAGACUUUUUGGGGGUAGUGGGGGGUCUGGUAAGGUUGCCCCUCCGAAGAAAAAAUACCAAAAAGAGUGCGACCUUUUGUCUUCUUUUGUUGUUUUUAUUUCUUUCUUGCGACAGCGAUGCCAAAGGAGGGACGGAGACCAAAGCCAGAGGACACGAGGGACAAGGCGGACGUCCCGGGACGAAACAGGUUUACAAAAUAAAAUGACACCACAGAGGAUGUAUUGUACAGAAAAUAAAAAAUAAAAAUACCAAAGGAGGGAAAACCAACAUAAAUUAUAUUUAUCUUCUGGCACUUUGGUUUUAAAGUCAUGUCAUAUUUUGGUGUUGAUGGAUGUAAAGACGGUGGAGAAAAGGGAGAUUUCUUAUAGAAAUAAUCCUCCAGUUGUCAGCUAUGAAGUUUACACACAGCAUGUGUUUAAAAUGUACUCUUGGUUCAA